ACCAAUCAAACCUUCUGUUAUAAAAUACCAUUCAUAUUUUGUACUUUCACUUUACAAUAACAAAGUCUUAUAGUGAUAAAUUCAUAGAAGCAGGAGGCCAUUCUUGAAAUGUCACAGCAAUGGGCUCAAGUUCAAGAGAUACCUGUAGAAUUCCUGUCAAAAUUGAGAUCUAGGUAUGCUGAAAUUUUCCCAAUACAAAUCAGGGAUUGUUUUUCUGUAUGGAUAGACGAAAAACCUUGGAAUCAAAUUGAUGAAAAUGAUGACAGUCACAGAAAUAGUUAUGCCUUACCUCUGCUGCAAGGUCUUCUUCAACUUAUUCAAAAUAAAGCAAAAGUGAUUCCUGAAUUCAAAGAAUGCCUGAUUUCUAUAGAGAAUAAGUAUAUCAAUGAACCGCUCAAUUUUGUAAGGGAUAUGAAGAUAUGUCUUAAGUAUGAAGAACAGUUGCUGACAGCAUCUAAAAGUAGUAUAAUAACAACACAAAGCCAUGACGAAUGUAUUGAAGGGAACAUUCUACAAAUGUUGGAAGAGUUCAAUAACUUGAAUGGUUGGGAUGCGGCAAUUGAUGGUGGUCUCAAAGAAUUCAAAAAGAAACAAGAAGAAUUUGUGAUACUAUUGAGAGAACUACCAAUAGUUACAGCGCAUUUCAAAAAAGCUGAACAAGACAUAAACGAAAGAGUUGCUGAAGUGGAAAAUCUCAAACCAGAUGUUUUAAACCAGGAUGACAUGGACGCAAUAGUCAAACUCCAUGAAGAAGGUGAAAAAACUAGAUCUCGAAAAGAAUUCAUAAUUCAACACUUGCAAAAAUCCAUAAGAAGUAUCUGGGAUCUUGUUAAUAUCAUUGUUCAGACACUGCAACUCUCUGUCGAAGAAUUAACUCAGAUUCAACAAACCUUUCUUGACACGGAUCUUCUUAAAUGGAAACACAAGCAACAGAUUGCAUGUAAUGGAGUUUCAUUAGAUUCCUCCAUCUUACAGUAUCUCCAGAAAAAAUGUGAGAAGAUACAGACUUUAAUAGUAAAAAAUAUUCAAAACAUUCAAAAGUUAGAAGAAAUAUUACAGCUAUUACCACUGGAAAACCCUGAAAAUUCACCUACUACAACCUCAGUUCAGCAAAGGCUAGCACAUUUAUUAGUGGAUUUGGCUUGCGGAACAUUUAUCGUUGAGCAACAGCCACCACAGGUUUUAAGGAAAGAUAAUAAAUUUGAGGCAAGUGUCUCCCUCCUAGCUGGUAAGACGCUUAAUGUGCAAUCUCGUUUGCCAACAGUGCACGCCUACAUAUUGACUGAAGCACAAGCUCGGACAGUUCACACAAAUAAGUUUGAUAUGUCAACAAUUAGAGACCUUUUGAACAAUAAAUCGACAGUUGAGAUUCUUCCAUCUGGAAAAGUUCAAGCUAAGUUUAAAAACCUGGUUUUAAAGGACUUCAAACGAGAAUCAAGAAAGGGUGGUCAGAGAAUAGCUGAGGAAAAAUAUUGCAUACUCUUCGAAACAAAAAUAAAAAUAGGAGAAUUUGAUUUACAGACACCUCUUCUGGCAUUGUCAGUUCCGGUGAUAAUAACUAGUCAUGUUAAUCAGGAAUGUCAGGCUCUAGCAACAAUUUCAUGGGAUCAUCAAUUCUCUUCUCAGCCCAGGACUUUAUUUGAAGUGCCGUCAUCCGUGGCAUGGUAUGACUUAGCAAUCCUCCUGAAUGCAAAAUUUAAACAUGAAACAGGACGAGGACUAACUGAUGAUCAUCUUAAUUAUCUUGCUUCAAAAUUGUUUGGAGAAUCAAGUAAUUAUGCAAGUUGCCACGUGACAUUUAAUAUGUUCUGUAAGGAUAACUUGAGGAAUCAUGAGUUCACUUUCUGGGACCUGUUUUAUAGUACAAUGCGUGUUACAAAGGAUCAUUUAUAUGUCGCUUGGAACGAAGGAAACAUUGCUGGUUUUAUAAGUAAAGCCAAAGCUGAGAUGUGUAUGAAAGAUUCUUCUCCGGGAAAUUUCAUUUGCCGUUUCAGUGCAUCACUGUUGGGAGGAGUUUCCAUUUCUUACAGCCGUGAUAAUGGUGUUCAUCACACGUCUCCUUUUACAUGUAAAGAUCUACAGAUACGUUCAUUACCACUUCUAAUAAUGGAUACACCAAAAUGGACACAUUUAUACCCCAAUAAACCAAAGGAACACAUUUUUGGGACAAAUUCUGAUGAUUCUCCGAAGACAGACGGAAAGUCCGAGUAUGAGAAAUUUAUAUGGACAAUAAAAAUGAGUUCAUCAGAAGACGAACGAGAAGAUAUCACUGAUCAGGAAUGUGACGCUGCUUUAAUGGAAUUCAUAGCUGGCACCGAUUUCGAUAAACUUUUGAAGGAAGAUUUUGAGAUGAGAUGAUACACUAGCCGAUAACUUUCUCUUUUGUCUCCCGCGCGAAGCGUUGCGAUUGACAUACACAUCGAGGUAUCCGUCCGCUCGGUCAUGCCACUUUGAUAUAUUGAUAAAACUGCAUAUUGCCUUGUUGGCGUUCUCAUGUGUUCAGUUCUCGCACGAUUUUUGUAUGAAUAUUUGAAGGUUUAUGUCUCGGCCUCAAUCGGAAAUCCGUGCAGAUCAUUUCAUUAAAUAAAUUGGAAACAUUGAUUGCAUGGCAAAUUGCACUAUUAGCGCUCUCAUAUGUACAAUUCUUAGGAAAUAUUCAUUUUAAUAUAAAUCGCAUUACAUGUCCUCUGAAUCCUUUAUUUCUUUUUGAUAUUUAUAAAGUGUUAUGGUAUUUUUUAAAGUAUUUUCCUUUGUAUAUAUAGAAAAGGGGAAUUACGUCGGACAUUCGAACUCAGCUCUUUUAUUUUAAUUGUUAUAUUAUUGUUAUAUUAAAACA